CAUUUCUCUCUGGCCCAGGCAGGUGCCAGCGCGCUCUGUGCCCCUCUCUGCUGCCCACCAUGGCCCGCGGACUGCCCAGCGCUGCCAGCCUAGCCCGCUUCUGCAAGAAGCUGAGUCGCCUGAAGCCCCUGGAGGAGUCGACUAUGGACACGUCGCUGCGGCGCUGCCUGUCCACGCUGGACUUGACCCUGCUGGGUGUGGGCGGCAUGGUGGGGUCAGGCCUGUAUGUCCUCACUGGCACAGUGGCCAAGGAGAUGGCCGGCCCCGCAGUACUAGUGUCCUUCGCCGUGGCUGCUGUGGCCUCCCUGCUCGCCGCCCUGUGCUAUGCGGAGUUCGGGGCCCGGGUACCCCGCACGGGCUCUGCCUACCUGUACACUUACGUGUCCAUGGGGGAGCUGUGGGCCUUUCUCAUUGGCUGGAAUGUGCUUCUGGAGUACCUCAUUGGGGGCGCUGCUGUGGCCCGCGCCUGGAGCGGCUACCUGGACGCCAUCUUCAGCCACCAAAUCCGAAACUUCACCGAGACUCACCUGGGCAUCUGGGAUGUGCCCUUGUUGGCCCGUUACCCAGACUUCCUGGCUGCAGGCGUCCUGCUGCUGGCCUCCACUUUCGUCUCCUUCGGAGCCCGAGUCUCUUCCUGGGUCAACCACACGUUCUCGGCCAUCAGCCUGGUGGUCAUCGUCUUCAUCAUCAUCCUGGGCUUCGUGUUGGCCCGCCCGCACAACUGGAGCCAGGAGGAAGGGGGCUUUGUCCCCUAUGGCUUCUCGGGCAUCAUGGCUGGCACUGCCACCUGCUUCUACGCCUUCGUCGGCUUUGACGUCAUUGCCACGUCCAGCGAGGAGGCCCAGAACCCACGGAGGGCGGUGCCCUUGGCCAUAGCCAUCUCCCUCAGCCUGGCGGCUAGCGCCUACAUUCUGGUCUCCACCGUGCUCACCCUCAUGGUGCCCUGGCACAGCCUCGACCCGGACUCGGCGCUGGCCGAUGCCUUCUUUCGGCGUGGCUACAGCUGGGCUGGGGUCAUUGUGGCCGUCGGCUCCAUCUGCGCCAUGAACACCGUCCUGCUUAGCAAUCUCUUCUCCCUUCCACGCAUCGUCUACGCCAUGGCCGCCGACGGGCUCUUCUUUCAAAUGUUUGCCCGCAUCCACCCCCGGACACAAGUGCCCAUGGUGGGCAUUGCGGUGUUCGGGGUCCUCAUGGCCCUCCUGGCGCUACUGCUGGACCUCGAGGCACUGGUCCAGUUCCUGUCCAUCGGCACGUUGCUGGCCUACACCUUCGUGGCCACCAGCAUCAUCGUACUACGCUUCCAGAAGGCCUCUCCACCCAGCUCCCCGAGCCCGCCCAGCCCAGGCCCCCUGAGCAAGGAGCACAACUCCUUCUCAGAUCAGCUACAGCUAGUGAGCGCUGGGCUAGCCUCAGCCACUGAGCCAGGGCAGCUACGACCCGCCUUUAGACGCUACCUGGGUUUCCUGGAUCGCUGUGGCCCCGGAGCUGCCGUGAUGUGGGCGGUCGGCAUCCUGGUAGCCUCCGCCAUCACACUGGGCUGUGUGGUAGUCUUCGGUGGCUCGGUCCUGUCCCUUCCGGGCUGGGCUUACAUCCUGCUGAUCCUGGUCAGCGGCAGCAUGUUUCUGCUCAGUCUGCUGGUCCUGGGAACCUACCAGCAACAGCACCAACAGGACACUUUCCGGAUCCCCCUGGUGCCCCUGAUUCCAGCGCUGAGCAUCCUCCUCAAUGUCUGUCUCAUGUUGAAGUUGAGCUACUUGACUUGGCUCCGCUUCUGCAUCUGGCUGCUGGUCGGACUGACUGUGUAUUUCGGCUAUGGCAUCAGACACAGCAAGGAGAAUCUUCGGGAACCCCUGGGGCUGACGACCACGCGCUAUGUGGUGUUUCCCAGCGGCGGCCUGGAGGGCACAGUGCAGGCGGUGCAGCCCACUGGCCAGGCACUUGUCCCGGAGCCUGACUGCAUGGAACGGCCAGCCAGCCCGUGAAGUUGGGUCCUGAAGUUGGGAGCCUAGGACUUGAGCCACGGUGCUGAACUUUGGGUGUCUCAGAGAGCGGGGCUGUGAGGUGGUGGGCAGGCAGAAAAGUCCUGCAGCCUCAGGGUUCACACAAUAAUAACUGCUGGCCAUCCACGCGGCCCACGGCGUGGUUA